AUGUUCGAAUUCAAGGCCAUCAUCAUCCCCGCGGGCAACCGGCCUCCUCGUCUUGUCGACCUCAAAGCAAGCCCGCUUGCCACGCCCGCGCAUCACCCGCCGGGGCCGUUCCGCUGUGGCCUUAUUCCCCACCCUGAGCUCUACUAUGACCGUAUUGCUUACGGUCUAGGACCUCGUUCUUGGCAGUUUGAGCCCGUUGAAUCUCUGGAAGGCAUGUCCAGGAGGUUCGCAACCCCAUACAUCGUCUUCUACCCCACCGUCUCGUCCGACGGCCUGCCGUUCCCUAUCAACAAAUGCGCGCGAGAGAUCCAGGGCGACAGGUUUGAGGCGGCAAAUGCGUGGCGCGGGGAUCUCAUAAUUGCGAAGUAUAUCGGCCAGGACUACGCACAAAUGACUCACGCGUCCAUGUCGGAUUUCCCUAUCGUCAAGAACUGGCUUUCCAAGAAGCUUGCGCCAUAG